CGGGGCCACCAGUUUCCGCGCAGAGCCCUGGCCAYCGCCAAGCCAUGGGCGCGCAGCGGGACAUUGGCACCUUCGUGGUGUGGGACUACGUGGUCUUCGCSGGCAUGCUGCUCAUCUCUGCCGCCAUCGGCAUCUACUACGCCUUCGCGGGGGGCGGCCAGCAGACCUCCAAGGACUUUCUGAUGGGCGGCCGCAGAAUGACCGCCGUGCCCGUGGCGCUGUCCCUCUCCGCCAGUUUCAUGUCCGCUGUCACGGUCCUGGGCACCCCCGCCGAGAUCUACCGUUUUGGGAUCAUGUACAGCAUCUUCGCCAUCACCUAUUUCUUUGUGGUGGUCCUCAGCGCAGAGGUCUUCCUGCCUGUGUUCUACAAACUGGGGAUUACCAGCACCUACGAGUAUUUAGAACUUCGAUUUAACAGAUGUGUUCGACUUUGUGGAACAGUCCUUUUCAUUGUUCAAACAAUCCUUUAUACUGGAAUUGUUAUUUAUGCUCCUGCCCUGGCUUUGAAUCAAGUCACAGGAUUUGAUCUGUGGGGCGCGGUAGUGGCAACUGGGGUGGUCUGCACAUUCUACUGCACGCUGGGUGGUCUUAAAGCAGUUAUCUGGACAGAUGUUUUUCAAGUUGGAAUCAUGAUAGCUGGAUUUGCAUCUGUGAUUAUACAGUCUGCAGUGAUUCAAGGUGGCAUCAAUGGGAUUUUAAAUGAUGCCUAUAAUGGUGGAAGAUUAAACUUCUGGAACUUUAAUCCUAACCCUCUGCAAAGACACACGUUCUGGACAAUUAUUAUAGGAGGGACUUUCACAUGGACCAGCAUCUACGGUAUCAACCAGUCACAAGUACAGAGAUACAUUUCCUGUAAAAGCAGAUUCCAGGCAAAGCUGUCUCUCUACAUCAAUCUUGUGGGACUCUGGAUAAUCCUCGUCUGCUCAGUAUUUUGUGGGCUUGCCCUGUAUUCCAGGUACCAUGACUGUGACCCUUGGACAGCCAAGAAAGUGUCUGCAGCAGACCAGCUCAUGCCAUAUCUGGUACUGGAUAUUCUGCAAGAUUAUCCGGGAGUUCCUGGACUUUUUGUGGCCUGUGCUUACAGUGGAACACUGAGCACAGUGUCUUCCAGUAUUAAUGCCUUAGCAGCCGUAACUGUGGAAGAUCUGAUCAAGCCUCACUUCCGGUCACUCUCAGAAAGGUCUCUGUCUUGGAUUUCCCAAGGAAUGAGUGUGCUGUAUGGAGCUCUGUGUAUUGGAAUGGCUGCUCUGGCUUCACUCAUGGGAACUUUGUUACAGGCAGCGCUCAGCAUAUUUGGCAUGGUUGGUGGACCACUGUUGGGCUUGUUUUCUUUGGGAAUUUUGGUUCCCUUUGCCAACUCAAUUGGAGCACUUUUGGGACUCUUGGCUGGAUUUGCCAUUUCCUUAUGGGUUGGAAUUGGAGCUCAACUUUAUCCUCCACUUCCUGAGAGAACUCUGCCAUUACCUCUUGAAACCUAUGGCUGCAACAGCACGUACAAUAGGACAGAUUUGAUGACAGCCACUGCAAUGCCAUUUUCUACUAGUGCUUUUCAAGUACACAACAUUGAAAGGACUCCACUAAUGGAUAAUUGGUAUUCUUUAUCAUAUCUGUACUUCAGCACUGUUGGAACUUUGACAACGGUAAUUGUGGGGAUGCUUAUCAGUUUAUCAACAGGGGGAAGAAAACAGAACUUAGACCCCAGAUUCUUACUAACCAAACAGGACUUUUUAUCCAAUUUUGAUAUUUUUAAAAAAAAGCAGCAUGAUAUAAGCUAUAAAUCUCAUCCAGUGGAGGAUCUUGGAACUGAUAAUCCUGCCUUCAACCAUAUUGAAUUGAACUUCACAGAUCAGCGGGGCAAGGUCAAUGGGACUCGCUUGUGA